GGUAUGUCCGACCACGAAGACCAAUUUCUUGUGUUCGCAGCUGACGACACUAAUCGAUUAACUGAAGAACACGGACACGGGGAAAUGGGCAGGGAUAAAGCAGGAGUCGACGAAGAAUGCCGGCACGAAGAGGAUAAGGAUGAAUCUAACACGGAAAACCUCAAAAACACUGGCGAAAAUGCAACAGCAUGUAAUGGAAUAAAUCGAAAAAACUAUAUCGAAAGAAACCGCAUUGGAAAUAGUGAAAUUGAGGAAAAAAUAGAAAAGCAAAUGUCGGUAGAGAAGAACAUUUCCAUCGAACAAUUUUUUGGAGAGAAUCAAAAAUCAACUCGGAACAGUGAUCAGAACGCCAAAAACCAUGAAGAAGAUCCUGAAAGUGACGACGAAGAAACCGCAUACUUGAAUCUAAUAAGAAGCUUCAAAAAGGAAGAGUCAAUGCAUGAUCUUAAAAAUGCAUCGGGAAAACUGCCAUCCAGCAAUUGUGAAGAUGAAAUAUCAAUUGAUGAAUUUCACGAUUCAGAAAGCAACGGAAAAUGUAGCGAAGAAGAGGAUGAAGAUGAAUCUUAUUUGAUUCAAUUGAAAUACUUUGGUGGAAGUGGUAAACCGUUAGAACAAGGACAAGAAAAGCCAACAAGCGCAGAAACCAAUGAAGGAUUUAACAUAGAUGAAAAGCCAGAUGAAAUGAAGAAUAAUUAUGAAACUGAUUCAGUUGAAAAUGUUCAAAAAGGAGAAACCGAAGAGGAAAAACGAAAGCGAUUGUCUGAAGAAGAGCGUUUGUCUGCUGAAUUUUUGGCAUCUCUUGAUCAAAAAACUAUUGAUGCAGAUAGGCUGAGACAUAAUCUAAACCAUCGAGAAAAAAUAAAGGAAGAAGCUGAGCGUCAACAAUUGGAACCUGAAAUGCAGAAGUCUUAUAACAAUGACUAUCGGCAAAGCUCAAUCAAUUCACAUCAAGAUAAAUAUGAAAACUCAUCGAAUGGCAUCAACUACACUGAUAGAAAUCAAGACGUUUACAAUAACAAAUCAUAUGGACAGCAGGAAUGGUUGAAAAAUACGUCCUCCGAUCAUUUACCCUAUUGUGAUCCACGAGACAUUCAAAGAGCAUCAAGUCAAAAUGUCUAUCAUGAAGGGAUUAAUUCGCAUGUAAGCAGACCAAACUACAAUCAACCGCAGCACCAUCAGCACCACCAGCAGUCUCACGAUCAGAAUUCAACUAUUUCCAGUGUGGAAUACAACCAAUACCAGCAAAAGGCGGGCAGUUAUGGACGAAACUACCAUCCUUACAAUAAUCAUCAUCAACAGUACAACCCAUACAAUCAGGUCCUCGAAAACUCAAGUUCGGAGUAUAAUCCACGCCAGCAGGAGUCUAGAAAUGCCAGUUAUAUCAACAUCUCAACAUUUGAUGGAUAUAACCACCAUCAAUAUAAUGGACAUCAUGAACGGGCAAACUCAUACAAUCCAUACCCUGAAAACUCCAGAAACUUUUCACACCAAUCGCAGCAUAGCGGACGUCAAGCUGAGCAGCCGUACAACUCGUAUGAUCAAUUUUUGACGAAUGGAAGAACCGAGUCAUAUGGAAACACCAACCAUCAGUCUGAAUCACUGGAAAAAUCAAAUUACGACUAUAGAAAUACUACAAUUUUGAGGCUUCUAAUCGAUAAGAAAACGGAAAGCUACGAGAUAGCACGCCAAAUUAUUGAUUAUCUCGAGCUUUGCAAACGCAAAAAUGUCAGAGUUACGAAAGAUUCAAUAUAUGAAGCUCCAAAUCGCGUUUCCUAUAAUGUUGAUCUGGUCGUGUUCAUCAACCAGAAAAUGAGUCAUCUUGUGAAAUGCGAGGACGAUGAGUUCCGAUUAAUUUUGAACAGUGACGAAGGAAAUUGAUAUAUUUCCAAUAUUUAUGACUUGAUAGUUUUAAUUCUUAUUUAUUUUUUGUUUUCCCGAGUUUUUUUCUAAAUUUGUGUUUAAUUUAGAGCUUCGCAGACCGGCUUGCUAGAUCAAUAUUGUUAAGUAAUUUGUUAAUUGACAGCAUUUUUGCAACUCAGAGUUCUUAUAAAUUAUACAUUUUCAGGUAGUCUUUCUCAGAAAGAGAGUAGGGUCCCCGGGGCUAGUCUUCACUAUUUAUUCAUGUUUUCAAGGACUUUAAAAAAUUAAUAAACGUAUAUAUACUU